UCGGAAGGAGAUGAAGAUUCUGCCCCGCGUCUCGAGUCAGAUGAUGAGGAUGAGAACCUUCUUGGCGACACCCCUGAAAGGUUACGCCCAGAUAAUGGGCUGCACAUGCGCCCUGCUGGGCCGCCGCCGCCCUUGCCUGCCGGUAGCCCACCCAUCCCCGAUCCCUUCGGUGCCAAUUUGAAAGCGAAGGCCUCCGCCCCUCCCGAUGAGAACUAUUUGCCUGGGGACUGGGCCACGACACAUGUGCAGCGCUCCCCACCGCCGGCAAUUGUGAUCAGACAUGUCCAAUGGAGGCUAGCGAGUUUUCAGCAAUGCCUGCUUAAUGCUGAGGUCUUCAACGACUUCCCGGUACCGGUAGGUACCCCUUUCAGAUUUCAUAACCCCUUCACCAGCAGAGCACAGUGUGAGGAGCUCCGAUACUCCGUUGCCCAAGGCAGGUCACCAUGGGAGGCUAUAGAGAGCCAUGUUCAAAACCGAGGCUGGCGUGCUGUAGUGCUCCUGAAUCCGCAGCCAGACUCACAGGCUGUCCACCUCAUUGCUAUGCCCCAUGAUUGGCACCUUGUUUCCGUCGCCCUGGUAGCAGGGCUUCGCAUCAUACCCUGUUGUGUGCCCCGACGUUCUCGCUUUCGCGACUUGCUUGCGGUCCCCAUUGAGGACAUUCGUGGUCGCUUGGAGCUCCCCAUUCAGGUUGAGCUUGACCAUGGCACGGUCACUUUCCGCUCCGGGGAUUGUUUUCGUGUUGCUGUCCAAGGGGACCUCCCUGCGCCCGUUGAUGUUGAGCCCGUUCCCUCGCAGCAGUCAGCAGCUAGUUCUUCUGAGCCGGCACCCCCCGCGACCUCGGGCGGCAGCCUUUCCCGGCCCUCCUGGCCGCUCCUCAUCCCCACCGGCCUCGGCGCCUUGCAACUCCGGCCCAUCUCCAUGCUUGUCAUGUUGGCCUGGGUCACCGGUCAAGCCAUGCACCGUCCAGGAGGUUUUCCUUGGGGUACCCCGCCGAGAGAUAGGGUUUUUCAAAACUCGGAGAUUCAGGGACCUGUUCAGGUCGCGUUACAUAGCCCCUUUCUAGGCUCUUUUCCUGCUUACCCCGCCGCGCAGGGAAUGUCUCAUGACACGGCCUGGGCCCAAUUCUUGAACGAUGACACAUCUUGGGCGGUCGAGUUCUUCCCGGUUUGGCCGGGACCCAAAUUCACUGAGCUCACUUUUGUUCCUGUUGGGGCUGAUUGUGCUACUGUUACGGUGAUCCUCCGCUGGCGGGGGCUCGACCGAGCUGCCCUUAUCCCUCGUACUGUUACCGUCCGUUGGAUGCAGGAGUAUGCUUCAGCCCAGGUCUGCACCGAUGUUGUCGAUGUCUCUUUGCCGCACCCACUUGAGAUUUGGAGUGCUUUUGACCCGGUACCAUGCGAUUUCCGCUUACGCAAUGGAGACGUGAUAUACCUACAUGAGAGCGUUCACCACGAUCCCGAAGUACUUGUGUUCGAAGAACCUUGGGACUUGCAAGAUGGGCGCGCCCACCAGCAUGCCCCGUGGGCUGCGGGUUUCCGUCUCGACACCAGUGUCUCGGUUCGACUUCUGCGCCCGGGUCUUCGGCCGUACCUUGCUACUGUCCCGGCGGGUGAGGCUUGGGACCCUCUGGCGUACUCUUUUUCUGGAAACUUCGUCCAUGAACACCCGGGACGGUGGACUCCAAUUCAAUGGACGACUGCGAUUCCUCCGCAGCUUCUUCUUGUCAGCGAAGUUGCGGCCCUCGCCAAUGUUGUUGUCUCCACGCACGAGGGCCGUCGUGUGCGGGCUGCUCCCCGGUUCGUCGCCAGGGAGGACCUGGCUCAGGCUCUUGAACUAGCCCCUUUUCCCCUUACUGUUGGAGGGGUCCCAGACCUCACCCUGGAUCAGGGUGUAGAGCUCCGCAAUGGUGAUGUCAUCUUUGGCUCUCCCGUCGCAGCCAGUUUUAGCUAUUCUGCUCGAUUUAAGGCUGUCCAUUGCGCUGCCGGGCUGGUCUUCCUUGGCCACCUUGUGCUGCAUCCGCGCUCUGCGCUUGCUGUGGCAGUACUCGUUUGGUUCUAUCCCAGCCGUGUCCACGGCCGAGGGGGGGCCUCUAGCGAGGAUGAGCCGUUGAGCCUUGACUCCGAUGACGCCCGCACGGAUCCGCCGGCCGUCCUACGAUCCCUACUCACCUGUGGGAUCCCACCACCCCUGCCGGCACAUGCUGCUUUCCGGGUUUUGCCCCGAUUGGUGGACAACUCUCUCUCCGCACUUUAUGCCCUUACUCUGGUUGGAGCGAGCCUCGCAUUGUGCGACACAAUCUUCCAUGGCCGCUUUUCGAAAACUUCGGUGCUGGGCAUUGUGGUUGUUGGGCCGCUCAUUUUGCCCCUGUCGGCUGCGCGGGCAGACGUGGUUCACUUGUGCUUCUGCCAAUCUGCCGUGAGCCUUUUGCCACCGUCCUUCUGCAUGGCCAAGGUCCUGUUAGGCGACCCGACACAGGCCCUUCGUAUUGGCUCUCUGGCCCCCAUGCUCAAAUGCGGGCUGAGCAUACCCGUGUGCAGCUCCGUAAUGGUGAUCACUUUGGUUUUUCACCUGACACCUGCCACAGUGACAGAGGCCCUGGUGGGCGGGCGGCGGUACAUGUACUCUGUGCCGAGGAACGUGAUGGGACACAAUCCCUCACUAAUGCGUUCCUGCCGGGGCCGGACUCGGUCAGACCCCCACCCGGAUGGCGAUGGCACCCCAGCAUUGCUCACGUUGAGCCAGAUGUCCUCCCGAGAUGCUGAUGUCCUUGUUCGGGACCCGGAGGCCACCACAUUGUGGGAGCCCGCCAUGCGGCUGCCACCAUCGGCCCUCCCCCUUUUUGAUGAGCCCACACGAGCCCUUGCGGGUCUUGCCUUGCUUGGUACACAUCCCGCUCGUUGGUUCUUGGGUCUUGUUCUUCUCAGCUCACCAGCCUCUGCUAUGAUUGAGGCACCGUCCUACACUUUCAAUGCCUUUCAUGUCGGGCUCUUUCCGUGGAGGCGAGAAGAUCCAGAUGACACUAUGGAGGAUGUAAGUGGGGGACAGCCGCUUGAAACGGUGUACCUUAGCCCCUUCACCGGGCCCAGCCCUACCCUGCAGCUUGCCCCAGAGACCACGGUCAAUAGAUGGUCUGAGGCCCUGCUUAAUGGUGAACCCUAUUGGGGGGCGUCGGCGUGUCCGGUCUGGCCCACCGUUUCUUCGGGGGCCAUGAUCGCCGUUCCGUGCCCAGGAGGCUCUGACGUUGUCUGCCUGCAUGUGACCUCUCAUCAAGUGCAUUACGCCGUUUGUGUGCCCCGGGUCUGCACACUACCAUGGCUGAUUCGCGUUCUCAGCACGUCGGCCUCCCUUGACAUCAUUAGUCUGGCUAUCCCGCCAAGCCUGGACUGUUUGGAGGCCGGGGCUGAUGAAGCCCUUCAUUGGCGCACCGGUGACCUUGUUGUCGCUCUCCCGCCUGACGCUUUUACCGGCCUCUUUCAGACACCGCUUUUCACCUUGCAAGCACAGGUGAGGCACUGCGCUAUAUGGUCUCUCGACUUCCGUGUUGCCAAUCGAGCUGAUGUCAUUCUAUGGACCCCUGGCCGAGAGAGGCCCCGGCUAACUAAGAUUCCGGCCCGCGCUCGCUGGAGUGCCCUGGCAUCCACUUUCGAAGGUGAAUUUUCCCAGAGAUAUCCUGGCCGGUGGAUACCCGCUCCGUGGGUAGCGGACGAUCGCCCGCAUCUUGUGUUGCAGCCAUCACAAAUUGACCGCGCCCAUGUGAUCGUCGAGGACGGUGUACAUACUUUCUGUGCUGAUGUUCGGGCAGAGACCGAUGCCUACAUGCUGUGGGAAGAUCUGCCUGCACUGGGAAGUCAGCCGACCGUCCUUUCAGUUCCCAUGCCGACCUUGAGGGCUGGUACCCAUGUCCGUACAGGCGAUGUUAUCUAUGUUGCUGAUCGUAGCGCCUCUGCGCGCUGGAGACAAGGGCCGGGCGCGCUGCUUGCGGUUCUUGUGGCUGCUGCUUUGGGUCUCGCAUAG